AUGAGGGCUGAUGGGUUGUUGCCUGAUAGUAGGUUGUUGGGAUUUUUGGUUUCUUCUUUUGCAUUUGUUGAUAGGUUUGAUGUUUCCAAGGAGUUUCUUCGGGAAGCUUUGUGUAAUAAGGUUGAUGUAAAUGUUGUUGUUUAUAAUAACUUUCUUAACAUUUUGGUUAAAUGUAAUAGGUUAGAUGAUGCUGUUAGUUUGUUUAGGGAGCUUGUUAGAUUCAAUUUCGAUAUUGAUAUAUUCACAUUCAAUAUCUUGAUUCGAGGUUUUUGCGUUGUUGGAGAAAUCGAUGAGGCUUUUAGGUUUUUGAAUGAUAUGAGAAGUUUUGGUUGUUAUCCUGAUGUUGUUAGUUAUAAUACUCUUAUACAUGGUUUAUGUAGAAUAAAUGAGGUAGAUAGAGCAAGAGAUUUAGUGAGAGAGAUUAGUUUAAGAACUGAGUUUUCUCCUAAUGUUUUGAGUUAUACGAUUGUGAUAUCGGGUUAUUGCAAAUUGAGUAAGAUGAAGGAGGCUUCUUCUAUUUUCAAUGAAAUGGUUACGUCUGGAGCUAAGCCUAGUGCGGCUACUUUUAAUGCACUUAUCUAUGGAUUUGUUAAGGCAGGUGACAUGGCAUCUGCACUAGGAAUGCAUAAGAGGAUGCUUUUUCAUGGUUGUUCUCCUGAUGUUGUUACUUUCACUUUGUUAAUUGAUGGAUAUUGCCGAGUUGGGCAGUUGGACUAUGGUUUGGACCUUUGGAAUGAAAUGAAAGCGAGAAAUGUUUCUGCAAAUUUGUAUACUUUCUCUAUUCUUAUUAGUGUUGUGUGCAGGAGCAAUAGACUACAAGAAGCUCGUGAGCUUUUGAGACUGUUGAAUCAGAGUGACAUUGUUGCACAACCAUUUAUCUACAAUCCUGUCAUAGAUGGAUAUUGCAAAUCCGGUAAUGUUGAUGAAGCUAAUGCAAUUGUCAUAGAUAUGGAGAAGAAAUGCAAACCGGAUAAACUGACAUUUACUAUUCUUAUUAUUGGUCAUUGUAUGAAAGGAAGAGCCCCCGAAGCAAUUGGUAUCUUUUACAAGAUGUUGGGGACCGGUUGUUCGCCAGAUGAAGUUACUAUUAGAACUUUAAGUUCAUGUCUUUUGAAGUCUGGAAUGCCUAGUGAAGCUGCCCGCAUUAAGGAAGCUGUAUUUAAGAGUCAAAACACAAAUUCAUAUAUGCAGCAGUCUCUUUAUUAA